AUUCUAUCCUUGACCGUAUCCAUCGGCAAGACUCAUCCCUUGCUUGGCUGUGGGUUUUGCCGUCAUCCCUCUUUGUUCGCCAAAAAAAUAAGCCCCAGAGACAAACGCUCUCUCCGACUGGUUGCGCUCAAUCCCGCCUCACAUCUACGACGUAUACUCCGUACCGGUUUUGCGCCAUCUGGAAUGCGCAGCGCAAGAUAACAGCAAAAGCAACGAAAGAAGUGGAAGAAGAGAUGGGCGCAACGGCGUUUGCAUCAUAUUAUAUCCAGUCAGCUACCUGAAAGGGCCCGCCACAACCGACAACAAAAACCAGGCUCCCACGGCCGCUGGCGCAACCAACCGAGAAGAGCUAGUGCCUCGCGCUGCAUUUGUUCUCGACCCUCAGCGAAGAAUACUGUGCCUUUGAAAAUCCCCACGAAGUAUACAUCAGCUUCAUCGCCAGCUUCGCUAGUACCGUGACAAACCUGUAUGCCGGACCGAUUGAGAGUUGACCCGCACAUCAGCUUGUCCUGCGCAGAGUCAGCCUACAUCACACGCAACAAAUCGUGCCCAAAAAGAGGGGCGGGAAGCCAGUUUGUUUUGAAGCAAAAACUGUCCCGUGCAACUCUUGUCUCAAUGUUGAAAGCUUGCCCGGAGUAUGAAGAGUGACCUGGCUAUAGCGACUAAGCUCAUUGGGUUGCCUGACCCCUGAAUUCAGCUGGGGAGUUAAGAGGGCAGCACGAGAACACUGUUCAUGAGCUGAACUAUUGAACGGCCGUCUCUUUACUCAUAUUGAAAGAGCUUCCAAAGACCUUUGUGUCUGUAAGUCAAGGGAGAACUUUAGGUCGGAGAGCUCGUGCCUCUGCGCUGCUAGUCAUCACGGCGAGAGGUUUAUGCACAGGGGGAUCGUGGGUCACCUGCACAUCCCACCAGACGUCAUCUCUGCUCGGCUGUCAUCCUAUCUUAUUGGCCUGCACAUCCCUUGGUUCCGUUUCCAGGAUACUGUUGGUCGCUGGAUAUAGGGACCCCUGAACGGUCAUAUCCGGCAAUCACCGGGCGCUUGACUUAUAUCAAAUUCGCAGCAAACUCCGGCCUGAACCAACCGACCUCUUGGGUUGUUUACUUGGUUCUGUCUGCGAAUCCUAAACUCCGGUAUCUCGCUUCUAGUCGCCAUUGUUGCGCCGACUAUUCCUGUUCAACUGCGAAAUUACCAAGUCACACGCCUAUUCGCGUGAUCUUGCUCGCACAUCAUGGCGCCUACCUCUUCUUCUACCACGCCGUCUUCCGGUGGGCACUCUCCCGAGGAACAGUUCAGAGUUGUGCGGAAGAGGAACCGAAUCCCGCUCAGCUGUACGCCUUGCAGGACCAGAAAAUUGAAGUGUGACAGGGCACACCCUUGUGGCAACUGCGUCAGGCGAGAGGGUAGUGAUACGGGCAAUUGCUCAUACGCGACCCCCAACGCUCGCAGCAGAAAGAACCAAAGUCAAAGCGCUACCACCAGCCCAGAUGACAUGCAGAACCGUAUUGACCGUUUAGAAGGCCUAGUACUAGCAUUGAUGAACGGCGGUGCUGCGGAUGCCGUCGCCUCCGCAGUAGCUACCGCAAGCACCGCUGCAUCUGCCUCGACCGCAAGCUCAAGGGCGCCUCCCUCAGGUGCCACGCCGACAACGAGCGCAAGCGUUACCUCAUCCGGCAGAAACGACCGAGAAGACUACCGACAGAGCGAGAUGAUGGACGAUGAUGAUGGCGAUGAAAGUGAUAUCGACAACGGCUUGGCCACUUCCCUGGGAGUCUUGAAGGUUGACGCAGAGAAGGGCAAGGCCAUGUAUAUUGGCACAGAGUCGUGGCACACCAUUCUGGCUGGCAUCUCCGAAGUGAAGGAUUAUUUCAACGCUCACAAGAAGGAGCUGGAGAGUAGCUACGAAAAGGUACUUCAGAGCAAGCCCGCAUCGGCGCGGGAAGGGCCGACAUUCCUCCGUGGCGCUCCACCAGCCACCGAGGUGGAACUCCGUGCAGAACUGCCUCCCAAGUCGAGUAUUUUGACACUCUGCGGGCGUUACUUUAACUCAAUGGACGGCGCCGUCAACAUUAUACAUGCUCCUACCUUUCACGCGAUGCUCCGGAGUCACUGGCAGGAUCCGUCAAAGACGCCCAUAAUGUGGAUCGGGAUGUUGUACUCGAUUCUAUGCCUCGCCAUGUUGAGUUAUCACAAGGUUGGCGACGAGCCGACCGAGUGGAAGGGUCGAUCGCUUGAGUUAGCUUCCGAAUACCGGUCGCGAACGGUGCAAUGUCUGGUCACGGCCGACUACACAAAACCCUGCGCCUACACUGUAGAGACCAUGCUUCUAUAUUUGUUUGGAGAGUCCUCGUCACGAUGGGAUGCAGACUUUGGUCUGUGGCUGGUCAGCUCCGUGGUCACAAGGAUCGCGUUUCGGAUGGGCUAUCACCGGGACGGAAAAUGGUUCCCGUCGAUAACGCCAUUCCACGCAGAGAUGAGACGAAGAGCUUGGGCUCUCGUAAAAAUGUCGGACGUCAUGUUCUCGGCACAGGUGUCGUUGCCAAGCAUGAUCGGUGAGGAUGAUUUCGAUACUGAGCUCCCUCGCAACAUCUUGGAUGACGAGUUUGGACCCGACAUCAAGGUUUUACCACCGUCGCGGCCGCGGACGACUCCUACACCAAUAUCAUACAUGAUUGCAAAAGCAAAGCUCAGCCAGGAAAUGAGCAAUGUUUUGAAGGCAACGACACUGGUAGGCAGACAAGUUUCGUAUGAUGACAUAUUGCGACUAGACGCGAGGCUCCGUGAAGUUGUCGCAGAGCUACCGCCGCAUCUCAAAAUGCAACCACUGGACGAAUCGCACGAUCCCCUGACACUUAUCGUUGCCCGCAUCAAUAUCGAUGUGCUUGUGCAGAAGAUAUUUUGCAUCCUGCACCGCAAGUACCUCCCGCGGUCUCGAGAGAACCCGCGCUACGCCCACUCGCGAAGAACAGCCAUCGAAGCAUCCAUGGAUACACUACGACAUCUGGAGACGAUUCACCGCGAGUCUCAAGAUGGCCGGCUGCGGUCACUCAAGUGGUUCGUCACGUCUCUCGUGACCAGGGAGUUUUUGCUUCCGGCUAUGCUUAUUGGACUGGACCUGCACUACGACAAUCAAGCCGGAAGCUCGAGCCAAGGGCGGCAUGAUUCCCAUAGCCAGCAUUUCUGGACGCCACAGCAACGGGGGCAGAUGAUCAGGAGUCUGGAGAUGGCACAAAAGGUAUGGGAAGGGCUCAAGGAUACCUCCAUGGAGGCUUACAAGGCGUCCAACGCGAUCCGCAUUGUGCUGGAGAAGGUCAAGAGUCCUCAUUCGCCAUCUCCCGGAAGCAGUCGCGAAAACGGCGUCAGCAGCGCAUCAGUACUGAGAGGUUUUGAGAAUAACCCGUUCGGCGCGACGUCAUCAAGAGGCGAAACGAUGCAGGAUCACUCGGCAGCAAUGACCUUGGGGAUGCUGUCUGGGGUGACACCGAGCACUACAGUCUCGCCGGACUCGGUGCAGAGCCCUGGCGGCACCACUUAUCGAGCCCCGCCACCGUUCGGCAUGGAUGGCUUUGGCAACUUUGGAUCUGGCACACCAGCAGCCAUGGGUGGUGACAUGAAUAUGGACAUGUUUUCUGGGUUCGACAUGAACAACAAUACAGCCUCUCCAUUUCCAUCUUUCAUGACCAACUCAGCACAGGCGCCUGGUUUCCCUGCAAAUUUUGACUGGGAUGCCUUUGAAACGUACACGCAAACUACCAAUUUCGCCGCUGACAGCUUCCAAUUCCUUGGAAACAACGCUGUUGAGCCAGGAACUGCUGCCGCGCCGGCGGAGGAGCCCGACUUUUCUUUCGGAAAUCAAGAUAUGUCAGGCAGGUAGACGGUUUUGGUACUGGGAUUCAUGGACGAGGACAGUCUGGCUACGUUUUGGGUUGGCGCUUUGGCAAUUGAGUGAUGCCUUUUUUUUUUUUUUUUUUUUUUUUUUUUUUUUUUUUUUGUAAAAGGGGCUUUGAGCCAGUAUGUGUGCCUUUUUAUGAAAACAAACGCCAUGAAAAUGUAGAGUAUCGAGAUGAAUACCCACUCUGUUUUUUUA